GUUGAUUGUUGAUACUUGAUCAUUGAGAGGUCCUCGUCUUUGAUCGUUCAUUAGAACAAAAUUCACACUCGAUUGAUCAAAUAGAUUAGUCCACUAUAGUUUAGUUGAUGGCUAUCGAAACCUUAUGAGGGUUUGAUUUCUCACUUCUCUACACUUAAAAAGUAAAACCUACUAGUCUGUCAUAUCACUAACUAUUUGAAAAAGAAAAAAAAAAACUCUACUUAAACAAAGAAUCUAAAUUGAAUUAUGAAUUUUCCACUUCCAUACCUCUUAUCUCUUUCUCUGUUUUGUUUCUCUCCAUUUCAGUCCCUCACUCACACUCCUCAAAAUACCAUACCACACCAACCUUCCUUAUAUCUUCCUUCAUAACAGAAUCUCUACAAACAAUCACUUCUUCUGAUUAAUCAUAAUCCAAACAUGAAAGGCAUUGAAAUCUUCUGUGCAUCACAAGCCUCAACAGCAAUAUGUCUUACCACUGAUCAUGCAUCCUCCUCUUCUUCAUCUUCUUCCAACACCAUUCAUUUUGGUGGUAGAGCCCUCGAUCGUCACAACCCGAUCAUCACAGAUCCAAAAAGAACACCAGCAAGAGAUUUCACUUCCCCUAGUUCUUCUUCUCAAUCACCCAUCAACCCAAAACCUCUCCAUGAUCACAAAAAAUCCAAGAAAAAGAAAAAUGUAACAAAGGCUACUCAUGAUCAGAAGAAGAAAACUACUACUACGACUACUACUGCUGCGGAAAAAUUAACUGAACAUGUUGCUAAUAAUUACUCUUCAAAACCAAUUAAUAGUAUUUUAAGAAGGAGUUGGGUUAAGCCACCUUCUGAUUUAAUCACUCCUCCUACUAUUUCAUCAAGAUAUUUGCUUGGUGACACAAUUUCUUUGGAUGGUGUUGGUGGUGUAUUAGAUUAUGACCCUGUUUUGAGUUUAAACAAGGUUGAUGAUAACAAAAAGAAAGCUCAAAUUUUUCAUGAAGAUGAAAAGAAUUAUUCAUCUAAACAACAACACUCUAGUUCCUCUGUUUCAAAGUCUGAUUCCUCAAACCAGGUUGUGGUAUUGAGGGUUUCUCUGCACUGUAAAGGUUGUGAAGGGAAGGUUAGGAAACAUCUCUCUAGAAUGCAAGGGGUUACAUCCUUCAACAUAGACUUUGCAGCAAAGAAGGUAACAGUUGUUGGAGAUGUGACUCCAUUGAGUGUAAUGGCAAGCAUAUCAAAGGUCAAGACCGCACAAAUUUGGCCAGAAUCACCAAUUGGAUCUACAGGUGCUGCUGAAUCAAAGAAAUAGAUUGUUGGUGUUUUUGAAUGCUUUGAGUCUAAAUCAGGUAGUAGUUUAAUUAGUAUAAAUGUGAACGUUAGCAAGUGAAGUUGUGGCUUGAAGAGAUAUUAGAAGGAACUUUAUCUUUGUAUAAGGAUUGGCUUAUGCCGUUUUUGAGGCACAUGCCUUGGUGCUUGCUUUAUAACUGCCCAUCUUCUUUGUAGAAUGACCUAAUUUUUUUUUUUAUAUAUUAUUUGUAUAAGUGGUAAGGUGGAAGUCAAUUGAAACCGAUUUUC